CGAGGUAUGGUAAUGGCAAGUUGCUUCCGCCGUCUCCCGCAAUGUCAACGGCCUUCUACCAACACCAUCAACAUCAACUCUUCAGGGACCAAGGAGGACUUGAAAAAGAACAGCAUAUUCCAUCGCCUAGUUCUUUCUUAAAAUGAAGUCAGCGGCGACAUUUGCGCUUUGCGCAUUACUGGUCCUUGGCUACUGUUCGCGCUCAAUAGGUGAGCACUCCACCACUGUUGCUCCUGCCGCCGCACCCCUGGGUCCCCCCGGCACCUCCAUCACCACCGUCCGGUCUCCCACCCCCCAUCAAGGAGAUGGAGAAACAGCCUCAGAAACCGCCGCUGCGGUCACCCAGAAACCCUCGCAGGCCCCCAGCAGCUCCGUGGCUCCUGUCCUCUCCGCACUAGCCAAUGCCAGCGACACAAACGAGCGUGUGUCCAGUGCCAGCCCUGCUGAUGCCAAGGGGAACGACACCGAUGCCGCCAACCCCGUGUCCACCAUCCAGAACGGCACCCAGGCACCUGCUGUCUCUGUGACCGAUGGCACAGCUGUCCCCAAAGCCGUCGCCGGGGCCAACUCGACGGCCCAAACAGGAAGCGCCGCUGCCACCACCGCCGCCGCCGCCACCGCCGCCGCUCCCACCACUGCUGUUGCUGCUCCCGCCGCUCCGGGAAAUCAAACGCAGGCGUCCAAGGGAGCGGAUCUGUCGUCUAAGGACAACGAUACCCUCGCCACCUCUCCACCCGCUACGGCUGCCCCCGCCACUGCAGGUUCACCUGCCGCCACCCAGCCCAUCGACUCCAAAACUCCGUCAGCCUCCACAACAACAACAACAACAACAACAACAACAACAACAGCACCAAAUGUAACAACCCUUCUCACAACGACUGCUCCUGAGAUCAUCCCGCAGAGUGCCAGUCCAGUCCCUGGAGAUAAGAAGACCACAGGUAGCAGCACCACCAGCAGUAGCACUAGCGCCACCACCACCACCAUCACCAACACUAAGGUUUCUACUGUCACAACCGGCGGCAGCGUCGCUAAAUCGACGACCACAACCAGCCCAACUGCUGCCGUCGGACACCCCACCAAUGCAGCAGCCCUCUCAGAGCUCAACGUAGGAGACGAUGUGGACAGCUCUAAAGGAGUGCCGGAUCCGUUGCUGGCUGGCCUGGUGUCUGUUUUCGUCGUCGCUGCGGCCAUCGUCUCCCUCUUGGUGUUCCUGAAGUUCCGUAAUCGGAAUGAACGCCCAGAGUUCCGCAGGCUCCAGGAUCUUCCCAUGGAUGACAUGAUGGAGGACACCCCUCUCUCCAUGUACAGCUACUGACAGAACCCCACCUCUCACCUAUAGUCAAGACUGAGACGCAGGCUCCUACUGAGCCGUUCCCUUUCCCCCCCCAGCAUUCCCUGCUUUAGAAAACAAAGAAAUAUCCCCCACCCCACCCCUUCGCCAAAAGAAAUCUGCUUUUAGAUGUGUGUCUGUGUUCAGCUAGCUGGGGCAUUAGUGAGCUGCGCAGCAAGGCAACUCCUCUGGCUUGUUCCCAGGCCCUCCUGAAGAAGAGAACUGGCUGCACACACACACACACACAGACACACACACACACAAACACCACGAGCUUGGACAGGGAUGGGCUUGAAACAUGGCCACAGACUUUGUGCAGCCGCAUCCUGACCUUUAAAUCAGUGUUCCAGCGCCCCCUGCAGUUGGGAGGCUGGCUGCCACCCCCUCACCCCCAACAUCACCCCCAAGUUCUCUCGAGUCCCUAGCAGCCUUUUCUCUCUAUAAUUGACUGCCACUGGAGCAGUGACUUGCUGGCCUAAGGGAUUUUUUUCCCCUCUGGAAGUUAUGUUCUUCCAGAUAUUGUAAUGCUGAAAAUGAAGAGAACUAAUGUCUGUUACACCAAAACUCGUCACCACAGGACGAUGUUUCAGUGGAAUAUGAAGAGACCAAAGUCUAUGUGUGUGCAGAAUGGCAGAUGGUGGCUGGCUCCGAUUCUGUCCAGCUACCCGCCGUGUUUCCAAAACAGUACGUGUUUAAACUACACAACCCAUCAGUGAGACACAAGAACACGGCAGCGAAUCAAGUAUAAUUCUGGGUUGUUUUGAGCCAAGUUGGUUAUCAGUAGAAAGAGAGUACGACCAGAUGCAAAUCGGGGGAAAUGGCAUAACCCCUUGAAUUGAGGAAAAAGAAUUUCAGAAUAUUGCCAGAAGUCAUUAGUGAAACAAACCAAAGGAACUUUGUGCCUUUCACAUUGGUUCUUUGAAACAGAUAGAGUGGACUUGUAGCCACAGGUACAAUAACUGACCGAAUGGGAACCUUUUUGGGGGGGAAGUAAUGCAGCUGAAAACGGAAGCAUGUAUGAAAUGCUUUUUGCAUUGUGACCUCUCUGGCAUGGUAGUUUUAGUAGAUUGCACAAUGUUGGUCAUAAGCCACAUACCCAAAUAAAUGGCUUUGUCUAUGACAAAGAUGCUUUAUGUUCCCAGGGAAGUAUGACAUUGACCGUCUAAGUUUGGUGGUAGGUUUCACUCAAGGGUGAUGAGCUUAGAGCCUCUGAGGUGUGUUACAAGGGUAGCUGGGUACUUUGUGGUUGUAAUGUCAUGACUGUGCUUCAUGGCUGGUUGUGACACUUGGAAAAACACUGGGGUUGUGUGUGAACAGUUGUAAGAAGUUCCUUUUUUUUGGUUCACCUAUUUGACAGGUUAGUGUUUUCUUUGUGUGAAUGUAUAUGUGUGUUUGUGCGCGUGCGUGUUGUCGUUUUACUUUUUACUAGAGCAUUCAUUGCAUAUUUUGAACUUUUUUAUUAUUAUUAUUAUUUUUUAACAUUUGAGGAGGCUAAACCUAGCUCACUUUGAGAGGCUUGAAAGCUUAACAGAUCUUAAUGUCCUUCUUCAGAGAAGUACCACAAAGACCAUUUAUUCACCUCCUUUGCCUUUGAAAGGUUGACGUCUCUUCCAGCACAUCAGCUCAAAUGGAUCUGGGGUGUGUUGUUACAUGCCCUCCGACUGCUGCCAGAGGAAUCCACAGUAUUAGGCAUGACUUCUGCUGUCUGUCUGUCGGUCAGGAGGACUAAGCAGAGAGAGAGAGAGGGAGAGCGAAUGUGCCUGAGACUAGCAAUCUCCAAACCCCCUGCUGUACAUUCUGUCCCCACAUGAGAAGGUGUACAUUUCCCAGGGCCUGCCCUGGAGGGUCAUUCGGUAUGACUUGGGCCAGUGAUUAGAGAGAAUUGAUCCAUGAAUGGAUGAUACUGUCUCACCAGAGAACGUACCCUUGAGAAAGGUGUGGCUCAAGUAAUGAGGCCAUUAAAUAUAACAUUAAACUAAUGCUGUAAAACAGGUUAACCUGACGCAACGUACAGUGGGUGUCUAUCUGUAGAUGAAGUAGUGCCGAUGGUCUCAUCAACUAAGUCGGAUCUGUCUAACUCCUAGCCUUGGUCUGUGCACAACAGGACAGCUCCCACACCUGAUGCUGCCCUUAUCAGUGUUUUACUUUCUCCUGGCUCUUUGAACUUGACUCUGAGUUCAACACUUAACAUGUUUUGUUUUUUUUCUGUUUGGUUGUUAUCAGGUCCAAGAAUGCAAAUGCAAAAAAACAAAGAUAUUUAAAUAGCAGAAAUCUCUUGAGCACUGCCUCUCUGUGCUCACUGAUAGUGAAAUAAUUACUAGUAAAUAAUUUAUGAGGCUGAAUAUGAUUGACAUCGAUGUUGGUAAUUGGAUUUCUACAUUUGUUGAGCAAGUUGUGUUAUCUCUGUAUAUUGCAGCUCCAGGAAAAAAAGUGCCAAAUUGUGUUCUGUAUUUUAAGUUUUUGCUGUAGAAUACAGGAGUGUCUUUGUUAUGUGACUUUUUUAAUUAU